UUGAUACAGCUACCCUCAAAGCUCCGUUCCUUUCUCAUCGCAGUUUGUGUCUUUCUCAUUGAUAUCUCACUCAUUGUCAUAUCUUUGACUGCUUUAUUACAGAGAGCAAAGAGGGCGAUCAAUCCGUUCUUAGACUCAAUGGGCAAGCGGGCUCUCAAUCCUUUCAUGGACUCCAUUGGAAAAAGAGCAUAUCAACCAUAUCUCCGUUUUGAAAAAAGGUACUUUGACAGUCUGGCCGGGCAGUCCCUCGGGAAACGCUCUACAUACGAUGCCUAG